AUGUCGAGCCACGCCGCCUCCUCCCGCCGCUUCUCCUCGUCGUCGGCGACCACCGCGACGGCCAAGCGCCCGGCCAUGGCGGAGAGCGCCGGGGGCGCCAAGGCGGCGGGCCCGGCGGCCGCGCAGCAGCAGGCGAAGAAGCGCGUCGCGCUCGGGAACCUCACCAACGUCGCCGCCCCCGGAGGGAGGAGCGGCUGCGGGAAGAUCGCCGUCGUCGCCGCCGGCAAUGCGAGGUUGAAUUCAGCUACCUCAGCUGCACCUGUGAAGAAGGGGUCUUUGGCAAGUGCUCGAAAUGCGAGUGCGAAUCGCGGCUCGGCUACAAAAUCGGCUUCCACCAGGCCAGCUCCAGCUCCUGUCACAGCUCGCCAUGAGAGCACUGCCCAGAAGGAGAGUGCUCCUCCUCGGAAGGUGCCUACCGUUGUGCCCAUUGUGGUGCCUGCCAUUGUGCCCUUCAGCAGCUUUGCUUCUCCUGGAAAUUCAGGAGAUUCCAUUUCAACUGAUGAGACAAUGUCGACAUGCGACUCUAUGAAGAGCCCAGACUUUGAGUACAUCGAUAACGACGACUCCUCAUUGCUUGAUUCUUUACAGCGACGGGCAAAUGAAAACCUGCGCAUUUCAGAUGAUAGAGCUGUGGAAGGAGUUAAAUGGAAGAAGGAUGCAACUGCCCCAAUGGAAAUUGACAACGUUUGCGACGUUGAUGAAAACUAUGAGGAUCCACAGUUGUGUGCUACUCUUGCUUCUGAUAUCUAUAUGCACUUGCGAGAGGCUGAGACCAGGAAAAGACCAUCAACUGAUUUCCUAGAAACAAUUCAAAAGGAUGUAAACCCAAGCAUGAGGGCUAUCUUGAUUGACUGGCUUGUAGAGGUUGCUGAAGAAUAUCGUCUUGUUCCUGAUACCUUGUAUCUGACAGUGAACUAUAUUGACCGUUUUCUUUCUGGCAAUGAGAUCAAUCGCCAAAGGCUACAAUUGCUUGGGGUUGCCUGCAUGCUUAUAGCUGCUAAAUAUGAGGAGAUAUGUGCACCCCAAGUAGAAGAAUUCUGCUACAUCACUGACAAUACAUACUUCAAGGAUGAGGUUUUGGAUAUGGAAGCUUCUGUCCUUAAUUACCUGAAGUUUGAAAUGACUGCACCUACAGCAAAGUGCUUUUUAAGGAGAUUUGUCCGGGCUGCGCAAGUCAGUGAUGAGGAUCCAGCUUUGCAUCUUGAGUUCCUAGCCAAUUAUGUAGCUGAGCUAUCACUGCUUGAGUACAGCCUACUUGCUUACCCUCCUUCACUAGUAGCAGCCUCAGCUAUUUUCUUGUCGAAGUUCAUACUGCAGCCAACAAAGAAUCCAUGGAAUUCCACCCUUGCCCACUACACACAGUACAAGCCGUCGGAGUUGUGUGAUUGUGUGAAGGCCCUGCACCGCCUUUACAGUGUUGGUCCUGGGAGUAACCUUCCUGCAAUCAGAGAAAAAUAUAGUCAACAUAAGUACAAGUUUGUCUCGAAGAAGCAAUGUCCUCCUUCAUUGCCUGCGGAAUUCUUCCAAGACGCGACAUGCUAGAGAAUAAAAGCCCAGGAGUAGUUGCAGUUGCUUACUGACUUCUUCAUCCUGUGGCGGCUCAAAUUCGGAGUU